AUGGUUGAUGCAGCUCUAAUAAGUGGUUUGCUUUCAAAAUUGGCACCUGUCAUUAAGGAUGAAUUCUCCUUGUUUUGGAAUUUUAAGAAAGAGGUUCAAAAGCUAUUGAGCACAUUAUCUGCAAUUAGUGCCGUGCUUGAGGAUGCUGAGAGAAAGGACGUGUGGGAGAAGGACAAACAAACUGAAGAUUGGUUGCGGAAACUGAAAGAUGUAGCAUAUGAGGUUCGAGACAUCAUGGAUGAGUGCAGCUUUGAAGAUCUUCGUCUUCAAGUCAAAAGGCGUAAUGCCUCCUCCUCCUCUUCAACCCGGAACGAGGUAACCAACUGUAUCUCCCAUCCUUUUAGCAAUACAAAGAAGCGUCUCAAAAUUGGUCAAAAAAUUAAGGAUGUUCAAGAGAAACUAGACCAAAUUUCUUCAGAGCGCCAAAAAUUACAUUUGCGUGAAUCUGUUCAUGACUCUAAAAUAGACAAUCUUACUAGUAGUUGUCGUGAAACCAUGUCUCUUCCUAGUUCUAAUAAAUUAUAUGGAAGAGAUAAGGAGAAGAAAGAGAUUAUUGAUAUUCUACUCAAUAAUAAUACAUCUAGUACUGUUAGUGUUGCUACAGAACAAUUAUCUGUUCUGCCCAUUGUUGGAAUGGGGGGUCUAGGUAAAACAACACUUGCCCAAAUGGUCUUCAAUGACUAUGAGGUUUCUAAGCAUUUUGAUACCAAAAUAUGGGUUUGUGUUUCUGAUGAAUUUGAUAUUAAGUUGGUCCUCAAAACCAUAUUAGAUGAAAAGGCAGAAGCUUGCUUAGAAAAAUUGCAGAGAAAAGUUAGAGAUAAAUUGAAAGGGAAAAGAUAUAUGAUUGUACUAGAUGAUGUUUGGAAUGAAAACGUUGAGGCAUGGGAUCAGUUGAGAUCUAUAUUAGAUUGUGGAUUAAAUGGUUCUUUUGUACUUACAACAACGCGUAAAAGAAAUGUGGCAGAAAUCAUGGAAACUAUUCAACAUAUUGUGUUAUCAUCUCUUUCUGAAGACGAGUGUUGGUUAUUAUUCGAAGAACGUGCAUUUGUGCAUGGAAAACCAAAACCUCCAAACUUUAUUUAUAUUGGUAAACAAAUAGCUAAAAAAUGUAAGGGUGUUCCCUUGAUUGCCAAGACAUUGGGAAGUCAAUUGGGGUUCAAUGAUGAAGAAAAGGAAUGGUGCAGAAUAAGAGAUAGUGAGAUAUGGGAAAUUUCACAAAAUGAAAAUUCUAUUUUGUCUAUUCUAAGGUGGAGUUAUUAUGACCUCCCUUAUCAUUUGAGAAGAUGUUUUGUGUUUUGUGCUAUAUUUUCCAAGAAUACUGAAAUUAGAAAAGAGAGAUUAAUCCAACUGUGGAUGGCCCAUGGUUUAAUUCCUACAAAUAAAAACCAAGAAGUUGAAGAUGUUGGGAAUACAAUUUGGAAGGAAUUGUGUUGGAGAUCUUUUUUCCAAGAUGAAAAAGAGAACAAAGAUUGGGAUGAUGGAGUUUAUACAACAUGUAUGAUGCACGAUCUUAUGCACGAUCUUGCCCAUUCUAUUAUGAAAGAUGAAUGUUAUACUUUGGAUGCUAAUAGCUCAAGUGAUGGUUUAGGACUUGAAAUUCGUCAUGUAACAGUAAAAGUUCGCUGGUUAGACAAAACAUCCGUUUGUUCUCUUAAGAAAAUGAGAGGGUUGCAUUCAAUAAUGCACGAUGGCAGAUCUAAUAAUGAAAUUGUCAAGGACAUUUUGAGUGUCUUGAAGGAAUUUUCGUCUUUACGAUUCCUUGAAGUAAAAUCGUCUUAUGUGCAAUAUCAAGAUUUGCGUUACUUGGGAUGUCUAAAAUAUCUCAGAUACUUAGAUGUUUCCCAUACUAUGAGAACAACAUUACCUAAUAGUAUUUGUGAUCUCUUGAACUUACAUACUCUAAAUCUGAAUUAUUGUUCUCAGCUUAAAAGUUUGCCUAGAAAUAUAAAAAACCUUAUUAACCUGAGACAUCUUUAUUUGGAGGGUUGUGAUGAACUAAAAUAUAUGCCCAGAGGAAUGGGGCAAUUGAAACAUCUCAAGACGUUAAGCUUGUUUGUGAUAGGCAAGAAGAAGAGAUACUUCCAACUAGAUGAAUUAAAAGAAUUGGAUAUCGGCGGAUCAUUGAAAAUUAAGAACCUUGGAAGAGUUAGUGAUGCAUCUAUUACAAAAGGGAUAAGUAUGGCUAAAAAGUCGAGUAUCAAAAAGUUGGAGUUGGAAUGGAAUUCUGAUUGGAAAUAUAUUAUAGUUAAUGAAGUUGAUGAUAAUGAGAGCAAGAGUACUAGAGAUGAGAAAAUAAGUGAAGCUCUAGAGGUUUCAACUGCGAGGCUGAUAAUAUUAAGAAUGAUUGCUUACAAAGGUGUGAAUAUGCCUAAAUGGGUGGGAAAGUCAUCUCCUUCACUGACAUUCCUUGAGCUUAAGUACAUGGACAAUGUGAAUACUAUUGUUAGUAGUAGCGAUGCCAAUGAAAUGAUAGUAGUAUUCCCUUUCUUAGAGGAACUUCAUAUUUGGAAUAUGAAGAAUUUGAGAGAAUUGGUGCCUGGUAGCUGUUGGAGUACUGGAGCGUUCCCUAAUCUAUGCAAGAUUGAUAUAAGAAGAUGCCCAAAGCUAGGGAGAUUGUCGCCACAUCUCAAAGCACUCAAAGAUCUAACUGUUGAAGGUGAAUGUUCUGAUGAAUUGUUAAAUAGCAUCUGGAAUCUUAAUGAUCUCACUCAUCUGAAACUUGGCGCAUUAAAUAAUGAUGUGGAGCACAUAUUCACCGUUAGCAACAUGAAUGGAACUGAAGUGUUAUUCCCUUUGUUAGAGGAACUUCGUAUUUCUAACAUGAAGAAUUUGAGGGAAUUGGUGUCUCCUAUUAUUCCUAGUCCCGGACCAUUCCCUAAUGUAUCGAAGAUUGAGAUAUAUUAUUGCCCAAACCUACAGGCCUUGCCACCGCAUCUCAAAGCACUCAAACAUGUAACUGUUUGGAGUGAAUGUUCGGAUGAGUUGUUAUAUAGCAUCUCAAAUCUUAGAGCUCUCACUCAUCUCUCUCUUAAGUGCAUGAAGGAGAGAAGUGUUUUAUUUCGAGCUGCUAAGUCAUUAAUGUUUGAUGAAGAUAAGAUACUAUCAUCAAAUCAAAUCCUUGGGCACAAUAAUAAUGAAGCACAAUUAGGAGUACGCACAACUUUCAUAUCUCUUCAAUCUCUAACUAUUGUGUCGUGCCCCAAGUUAAGGCGUUUGUUUGAUGAGGGAAUGAAAGAGACAUUAAAGAUUAGUGGCUGCCAGAACCAACAAAACCAUCAUCAUCAUCUUCAAGGACUCAUGAAAUCUCUCGCGGAAUUGCAUAUUUUGGAUUGUCCAAAGUUGAUGAUAUCAGUUGAGGAAUUUGAAAACCUCAACAAUAAUAAUUCACUACAGAGAUUUGGUAUCAGUGAAAGUCCCAAAUCUGUGUCUUCGGACGAUGCUAUGGCACUCCUACGUUCCCUUCGAACCAGACUUGGUCGUGGGAAAUUCUAUACAGAUAUCAUCAUUAAGGAAUAG